AAGUUGGGGACAAUAGGUAUCCUACAAGCCGAAAGACUUAAAAAUAUAUUAGAGGAGAGAAUAAUGGUGGAAGGCUGAAAGCAACCAGUUUUGGUUGCCCAUAACUGCCUAAAUUCAAAAAUCCUACUGUGAAUACGAUCCAAUGGACCUUUCAAAUCUUUCCGCAAAAUCUAUAUCCGUCGACUCGACCGAAUACACUGUAUACUAAUAUUACAGCCAUGCUGCUGUUUCAUUUUAAAAUUCAGAACGUAGAGAAUGAGAUUUACUCAGAUCAAUAAAUGAACAAAUAAAAAGCCUUAUAUAUUAUUUAUCGGCCCCCAUGCACCCAUGCUCCAGAUCAACAUCUCAUUUCCAGACAAACAAAAGUAGAGAGUGAAAGCUUCAGUGUACAAAUAUAGCCUAUCAGUCUACAUAAACCCAACUAAAAUUUUGGCCCCCCGCCCCCACCGGUCUUUAUCGACAGACAAGAAAGAGAAGUAUUGCCCAUUUGAAUUUUCGAUCAUAUUUCUAGAGCUUUCUAUUUUAGAUAUUAAUGUAAAUGAAAUCUUAAUAUCUUAGCUGUGUUUUCCUCCCUACCCAUAUCCCCAUAAAAGUUUGUCUCUUACCUCAUUCAAUUCUAUAACCAAGUCACCAACCUUCUAUUUAUACUAUCUCUCAACAUUGUAUUAUUAUUAACUUAUUCCUUUUUUUUCCACACACGCACACAGAAGUGCACUAAAAAAAGUACAUCGAAAAAGCGUUCAAAAUCGAACACAGACACACACACACAAGGUGUAAAAGGAAUGAAGAUUCAAUGUGAUGUGUGUGGGAAAGAAGCAGCAGCUGUAUUCUGCACUGCAGAUGAGGCUGCUCUCUGCCUAAGCUGUGACAAUCGAGUUCAUAAUGCCAAUAAGCUCGCUAGCAAGCACCCCCGUUUCUCUAUUCUUAAUCCUCAAUACAAAGAAUCUCCCCAAUGCGACAUUUGCCAGGAGAGACAAGCAUUGCUAUUUUGUCAAGAAGAUAGGGCAUUACUUUGCCGGGAGUGCGAUAUUCCAAUACACAGAGCAAACGAACUUACCAAAAAGCACAACAGGUUUCUCCUAACAGGUGUCAAGCUUUCUGCAGCUGCUUCUUCAUAUCAAGCUGCUGCUACAUCCUCCACGGAAUCGCGAUCUGAAAAAAAGAACAAAAUGUCAGCUGCUAAUGAAGUUAAUUACAUGCCAAGUUCAACUGCUAAUUGUUCAGAGUCGUCGUCAAAUCCUAUGGGGUAUAAUGAGUCAAACCAGGUCAUGAGUGAACAACAAUCAGAUUCAACCAGUAGCAUAUCGGAGUAUUUAAUGGAGACUUUACCUGGUUGGCAUGUUGAAGACUUGUUGGAUCCUUCUACUCAUUAUGGUUUCUUAAGAUAAAUAUGCAGAUAUCACCAUUCACAAAUCAAGAGCCAAAAGGCACAUCAGAUUUUCCAAUCCAAAGACAUCCAUUCCUAUGUGGUCACCUCGUAUACCAGCUCAAAAUCAAGAUCAAGCUAGGGUAAGAGACUAAGAGGAAAUGGUGUGAAGAUGAGUUCCUCGAAGAGAGAACCCCAAAUUAAUCAAUGUAUUGAGAGAAUUUUGGCAUAAAAAAAACCAGUGGAACCUGUUCAUGUCUGUUUUUAUUUCUUCCUUUUCGCUAGUUUUCCUUCCAUAGUAAAAAAAAAAACAAUGCAUUUAUUAAAUGAAUUUAUUUUUU